UGGGUGGUGGUAGUUGGGUCUGAAAAAACAACCUGAAACGACGACUUUCCAACACGUUCGGGAAACAAAUAAAGACAGAAUAUAAAAUAAAUUAAUAAAAAAAUAUAAAAAAAAAGACAAGUUCGUUGUUCCCGUUUUAAGCUUGAUCUCUGAAUCAAUGUCAAAUAAGUGACUCCAAUUGCAACUCGUGUGAGCCGUGGCAAAGCUUUUGAAUUUAGUUUCUCUCCUCUCUGUUUACCCUCCCCGAUAUUGCAGAUACAGCAGGAUCAUGAGUGAGGCUUCUGAAAAGAAAGUUGUAAGAAUUGAUAUUAGUUCUGAUACUGUAUGUCCGUGGUGCUUUGUUGGCAAAAGAAAUCUUGACAAGGCCAUAGCUGCGUCCAACGAUGAAUACAACUUUGAGAUAAUAUGGCAUCCCUUUCUACUUAACCCCGAUGCCCCUAAAGAAGGCAUUGACAAGAGGGAAUAUUACAGAAGAAAGUUUGGAUCACAGUCAGAACGGAUGGAAGCUCGGAUGUCUGAGGUGUUCAAGAAUGUUGGUCUGGAAUAUACUUUGUCUGGACUCACGGGAAGCACUAUUGACAGUCACAGGCUUAUAUAUUAUGCAAGACAGCAGGGUCUUGACAAGCAACAUGAUCUAGUUGAAGAACUUGCCGUUGGCUACUUCACACAGGGAAAAUACAUUGGUGACCAUCAGUUUCUUCUGGAAUCUGCUGCAAAGGUUGGUGUAGAAGGGGCAGAACAGUUUCUUAAGGACCCCAACAAUGGAUUGAAGGAGGUUGAGGAAGAGCUCAAAACAUAUUCAGGAAACAUUACAGGGGUUCCAUAUUACGUGAUUAAUGGGAACCAAAAGUUGAGCGGUGGACAACCCCCUGAAGUGUUCUUGAGAGCUUUCAAAGUUGCUACAAGUUGAAUUUUUCAGCUCUUCACAGUAACUAUUAUCCUCUAUAAGAAUAAAACCUUGGAAAUAAGAAGUUGGCCCUUCACUGCUUUAUGAAAUGUGAGACUUGUAUUGAUAUAAUGUAAGACAAUAUAUUAUGUGUUAUAUAAUACAGUGUAUACGGUCUCCGUGCGUGUCUUUGCACGCGUACCGGAAACAGCAAUAAUAAAUUGUAUUGAAUGACUUUACUAUUUAAUUUUUUUUAA